AUGGCUCAAGCUAAUUAUAUGAUUUUUAAGUCAAAAUCGUUAAUUCCAAGAGAAAUUUUAACAACUAGUGAUCAAUUAAAUAGUGGAUUACCUCCUAAUCAACAAUCUAUCCAACAUGAAGAAACAUCUUAUGUUAAUAAAACAGAUUAUUCUAAUAAACAUAUUCGUACAUGUCAAACAACUAAACAUCAAUUUUCAUAUAAAAAUUCCCAAACAAAGAGAAUUUCAAAUCAAUUUUCAACGACAGAUAAUAUCAAUAAUUCAACGAAUAUAUCCUUUCAAAGAAUAAAUUCUCGACGAAGACGAAUAUCACACUUAAUUGAAAAUUCUGCUGAAUUAACUCGUGAAUGUGUUAUUUGUUUAUUAGAUGAACCAAUUUAUUUUUUUGAAGGAUCUUAUAGUAAUCAAUGUAAACAUUCUCAAAGAACAGUAUGUGAUACAUGUAUUUAUAAUAAUAUUAAAAUUCUUGUUGAAAAUACGAUAAAUCCUAAUAUAAUUUGUCCUGAACCUGAUUGUAUGGCUAUAUUUACUUUUGAAAGUAUUCGUUAUAUUCUUCGUAUGGGAAAUAAUUUAGAAUUAUUUGAACGAUAUGAUCGACAAUUAACACAUAAACAUCUUGAACAAAUUCAAGAAUUUGUUUGGUGUGCACAUAAUGGAUGUGGUUCAGGACAAUUACAUAAUAUGGAUAAAUAUUUAAAUCCAAUUGUUAAUUGUAUUAAAUGUCAAAAACAAACAUGUGCUUAUCAUCGUAUUAAAUGGCAUUUUGGAAUGACAUGUCAACAAUAUGAUCAAUUUAAUAUAUCAUCAAUUGAUAAUAAUACACAAAUAUGGAUUAGAAAACAUUCAAAAAAAUGUCCAAAAUGUAAAUCAUAUAUUGAAAAAAUAUCUGGAUGUGAUCAUAUGACAUGUACUAUAUGUAAACAUCAAUUUUGUUGGCAAUGUUUUUCUGAUUAUAGAAAUAUUCAAAUUUAUGGUCGUAAACAACAUAUGAAAUAUUGUACACAUUAUUAUGCUUAUCAUCAUUCAAAUAAUCAUUUUUAUAGACAAAGAUUAAUAAAUUGUACAAUUUUAUAA